CCAGGAGGAUCUUAAUCUUAUACACACUGCUCGAAGAAGUGACUUGACCUUGUAUGUAUUGCCAUCUUCCUUUGCCAAGGCCUUUUGAAGCUUCCAUAAUUGUCAGCACAAUAUUCUGCAGAUCUUUCUAAAGGAGCAUCUUGAUCUUGUACACUCUGUUUGAAGAAGUGACUUGACCUUGUAUGCAUUACCAUCGACUUUUUUUCAGACCUUUUGAAGCUUCCAUAACUGGCAGAGCUGUAUUCUGCAGUUCUUUCUAAAGCUGUCUAAAAGUCACCACCUCAGAGUCAUGGAGAUGCCGUCAUAUUACACCAAACUGCUUGGAGAGCUGAAUGAGCAGCGCAAGAGAGAUUUCUUCUGUGACUGCAGCAUUAUUGUGGAAGGUCGAAUAUUUAAAGCGCACAGAAAUGUUCUGUUUGCCAACAGUGGUUACUUCCGGGCCAUGUUAGUCCACUAUAUUCAAGACAGUGGAAGGCAUAGCACUGCAUCUCUGGACAUUGUUACAUCUGAGGCAUUCUCUACCAUCCUGGAUUUUCUAUACUCAGGGAAAUUAAACCUGAGUGGAGAGAAUGUAAUUGAGGUUAUGAGUGCAGCAAGCUACCUCCAGAUGACUGAUGUUGUGAACUUUUGUAAGGCCUACAUACGGUCUUCCCUUGAUAUUUGCAGGAAAAUAGAACGGGAGAGUUCCUUUGGACAGGCUGACAGUGGGAGUGAUGGUAUAAGCGGUGGCAGGGCAGGACGUGGAAAUCUAACUGUAAAAACAGGUCAGGGGGACUGUCAGAAGGAAGCACCUUGCGGAGACUGUAGUAGCUGCAAUUCUGUGGAAUUGAUGGUGAAGGAUCCCACAAGUGAAGGCUCUCCAGAAGAAAAAAGUCCCUCUAAAGCAGUGGAACCCAAAGAGGAGUUUGAUUCUGAUGUUGUGGAAGUAACAGAAGGCAUCCAACCAUAUCCGUUAACACCAGGCAUGGAGCAGGGUGAAGAAAGUCCACAGGGUAGUUCCAAUAUGGACCUGGCAUGUAAUAAUUAUCAUAUGAAACAAUUUUUAGAGGCCCUUCUCCGCAACAGCUCUGCACAGAGGAAAGAUGAUCAAGGGCACCAUUUUCCACGUGAUUAUGAGUCUCGGCAAGAGGAAGGAAGCGUUUCAAUGAGUAAUAUGAUGGACAUUCAGGGGGACUGGUAUGGUGAAGAUACAGGUGAUGUUUUAGUUGUUCCAAUCAAGCUACACAAGUGCCCAUUCUGCCCAUACACAGCAAAGCAAAAGGGCAUUCUGAAACGUCACAUUCGAUCACAUACAGGAGAGCGCCCAUAUCCAUGUGAAAUCUGUGGUAAGAGGUUUACACGUCAGGAACAUCUGCGAAGCCAUUCACUCACUGUUCACCGAUCCAACCGACCCAUUAUUUGUAAAGGUUGCCGCCGAACCUUCACCAGCAGUCUGUCUCCAGGCCUAAGGCGUUUUGGCUUGUGUGAUAGCUGUACCUGUGUCACUACUACAAAUGAGGAUUCCCACCAAGCAAGUCAUACAGAAGCUGCAUCUGAAAGCAUGGACAAGGACGAAGGAGAUGGAGACUGGCCUAUUUACAUUGAGUCUGGUGAUGAGAAUGAAGUGGCUGAAGAAGACAUUGAGGAUAAAGAACAAAUACAUAGGGAGGUACUGAUGUGACCUACUAGGAAAUCAUUAAGUUACCUCUCUAUGCAGGCCAUCUAGGUAGCAUUGUACUAGAUGGCUUAGACCGUCCUAUUUCUGCCACUACUCAGACCAUCUCAAUGGUCAGCUGGUUCAUUGCCUCUUUGGCUAUGCAUUGUGCUGCUAGCCCAAUAGCAGCAAAACACUUUCUAUUUUACACCUUUCCUGACAUUUAUUUUAGUGCUGUGCACUAUAUUUCGGCAUUAACUGUGACUUCACCAGACUUUUUAGCGUUGACUUGUGUGUCAUGAAAAGAACAGCUGUUUAUUACAAGAAUGCUUACCAGACCAGCCAACGUACAAAAGAUAUAUCAGCCUGUGUUCUUUUAUUGCCUUUUUAUUGAUUUUUUUUUUUCUACUACGGUCCUAUAAAUGUAGGCACUGUCAAAAUGCCUCACUCUCUUUUAGACCUUUUAGGUAUCGGACUUUUAGAUGAUUUAGGCAAUGGACAUGCGUAUAUGUAUAUUUACACAACUAGAAAUGUCCAGAAAAAUCUGAAAAUUACUUUGUGGUUAAUUGCUCCUAGAAUUAGUGUUUAACACCUUUUCGGAAAAAGACGAAUGUGUCUGCAUAAAGGGAUAUUUGCAUAAUUCAUGUGCCAAUUGUUUUCAGACAUUUAUAAGUGGAUUUUAUAUACGAGUUUGCAUCAGAAAUGCUACAUGUCCUGUCUUUAUGACACAGAACCUGAAGACUUUCCUAAGGGCUCAUGUUGACCAGCGUUCUUUCAAACGCUGCAUUUGCUAUUUAGGC